UGUGUUGGUAUCUAUAAAAAUGGACGUGUGGAAAUUAUCGCCAAUGAACAGGGCAAUCGAAUCACACCGUCGUACGUGGCGUUCAGUAGUGAGUCUGGUGAGCGUCUGAUUGGUGAUGCAGCCAAAAACCAGCUCACCACAAAUCCGAAAAAUACCGUUUUCGAUGCGAAGCGUUUGAUUGGCCGAGGUUUUAACGAUACCACUGUGAAAAAAGACAUGGAGCACUGGCCAUUCGAAGUACUGGACAACAACAACAAGCCGAUGGUGCGAGUUUCAAUUGGUGACGCUAAAAAAACGUUUGCCCCGGAAGAAAUUUCAGCGAUGGUUUUAACGAAAAUGAAGGAAAUCGCAGAGGCAUAUAUUGGGAAAAAGGUGGAACACGCUGUGAUCACAGUGCCGGCUUACUUUACUGAUGCGCAACGGCAGGCUACGAAGGAUGCUGGAACGAUCGCCGGCCUAAAUGUUGUCCGUAUUAUCAACGAACCAACGGCCGCCGCUAUCGCUUAUGGUCUAGAUAAAAAAGAGGGC